UUUGUAGAUGAUGGAAGAGUUUAAGAUUAAUUAUAAAGACCUUAGAGGAGAAGAGUUUAACCAUGUUUUCCGGUUCCCAAUCGGGCAUAUUUGUCGACCUAGUGCAUUUUCUAAGCCUAUAAAUUGAAAAUUUCAAAAAAAUCUCAGAGAUCGAUUCAAAAAUGAGAACUUGCUAAAGCAGGCGAAUGAUUUUGAAAUAGAAAGUCUAGAAGAUUGCAAAAAUCAAGAAGAGCAGCUGAGCACAAUUUCCUCUGAAGAAGAUCAAAGUCCACAAUUAAAGGCCACUCCUUCGUUUAACCCUCAAAUUUCUGAUAUUGCUCGACCGAAAGAAUCCAAAGAGGAAAUUAUCGAAGAAUUUAUGUCGAAUCUGAAAGCUCCAUCUGAGAAGCCAAGACAGGAGAAACCAGCCACUAGGAUUCUAUCAGGAUACCCUCAGAAUUCAACUUAUAUUGUGGGCAAUGAUUCACCUUUUAAAAACUAUGUCAUUGAGGUCGGAACGAAUCCAUCAGAGCUAGAUUUUUCUCCAGCGUACCAGUCUAAAUUUACUCACACCAGCAAACCAAGAGUUGGAAUCUACAGCCCAGAAGUCAGAAAAGCCAAAAUCCAUCGGUACAGAGCUAAAAUCCAGAAAUGGCUACGAGGGGAGCACAAGAACAAGAACCUGUACUAUAAGAGAAGAGCCAUCGCCAAGAACAAGAAGAGAAUUGGGGGUAAAUUUAUCAAGCAGGUUAUGUAGCCUUCAUGAAAACCUCCAACUUGUGUCUGUAAAGUGUCCUUCAUUUUUCCUAUUUUUGACAGAAAAAUAGGGGUAUCUUCAUCUUUACUGACCAUAAUAUAACACCUUAAAUAUCUUGAGAUGGGUUAUAAUCCAGGAGAAAUAUGCUUUCCUUGAUCCUCAGGAAACCAUCAGAAAUCUUUCCAAAUUAUUGGAGAAAAUCUGACGAAAAAUAACUUUUCAACUC